AUGGCAGAAAUAACACCCAUCCCAGCACCGCCUCUCGACAUUCCCCAAUCAAACAACACAUGCGACCUCUGGGCCAUAGACGCAACAUGCGAACUGGUCCUGGACACGAAGCACCUUUUGCAGCCGGAGAUCGAGGGCCACGAAAAACUGAAUCUGCCGACAUAUGCAUUCUACAUUUAUAAUCCGCGCCUUGACAAGCGUGUCCUCUUCGAUGCGGGGAUACGCAAGGACUGGUGGAAUCUUCCCCCCAAAGUCGUAAGUUCGAUUACUUCAGGCGGUGUUACGGGGUUAUUGGUGAAGGAUGAGGUAUACGAUACUCUAGCAGCGCAUGAUAAAACCGCUACAGAGAGAAACGAGAGGCGUAUCGUUGAUCCGGAUACGAUUGAUGCGGUGAUUUGGAGUCAUUUCCACUACGACCAUGUGGGCAAUAUUCAGCGAUAUCCUAAGUCGACCAGUAUCGUGGUCGGUGCUGGCUUUAAGCAGACAAUUCUACCAGGCUAUCCCAUUCGCGCAGAUUCGCCGUUGUAUCAAGCGGAUUUCGAGGGUCGCGAGUUGAUUGAGAUUGCGUUUGAUGAUGGAUUUAAAAUCGGCAAAUAUGAUGCACACGACUUCUUUGGCGAUGGAAGUUUCUAUCUUGUGAGAACACCCGGGCAUACGGUGGAGCACAUAUCGGGCUUUGUCCGAACGACGGCCGAUACUUUUGUGUUUCUUGGUGGUGAUAUUUCACAUUUUCCGGGCAUGUAUCGGCCGACAGCGUACAAACCUAUGCCUGCAAAUUUGCCGAUUGAUACAUAUCUCGACUCGCGCUUGCCGGCUCCUUGUCCCUGUUCGUUGUUCACGACGUGCCAUCCAAGCCAUAGCACAGAGAAUGUCGACGAUCAUGCAGCGCGGACUCAACCAUUUUAUCAACCGAAUGAGCAGUCGUCUUGGUACCAUUCAACGACUAUGGCUUUGCGCACGGUUGAGUCAUUACAAGAAUUCGAUGCAGACGACAAUGUUUUUGUAGCUAUUGCACAUGACAAUGCGUUGAGGGAUGUAGUGGAUAUAUUUCCUAACGGAAAGAUGAAUAAUUGGAAAGCAAAUAAAUGGGGUGAGAAGAGCCAUUGGCAUUUCGUGAAUGAGUUGCCCGUUGAUGGGAAACCGGGGAGGAGUGUGCUUGUAGAUGGGCUUAUGAAGGAGGGGAAGCCUUACCAGUGA